AAGAGACUUGUAGGCUAGCAUAACCGAAAAUAAUUUUACAAUUACCUCGAGUUUCAGGCAGCCCCUGAUUUUCACACACAGACACACACCAAGCCCUAACCCUAGCUUCUCAAUCGUCCUCCUCUCCACCGCCAUCUUUAUUAUCCAAGUCUUAAUCCGCCAAAGAAUACUCCGAUUUAAAUCCCAAACCACAUUCUUUUUAAUUCAAAUUUUAGGGUAGGUAGGAUCUAUCAUUUCUCCAAUGGCUCACGACGGCGCGUCUACACCGGGAUCAAUCGACGGCAGACCUGAUCCAGUCGGUGGGGCCAAUCUGAGGCACGCUAACGGCGUAGGGCAGCACAGCACAUACCCGACGCACAGGCUGAGAUUGAACCCUAAUGCAGACCAUCAGCCAGAUAAUUACGAGGAUCUGCAGCUGGAUUUCAGCCCGACGGUUUUCAGCUCACUGGAGCGAUACCUUCCGCCUAAUCUUCUCCUCCAGACGCGCGAUGUGAAGGUUAAUUACAUGCGUGACAUUCUUCUGCGUUACUACCCAGAAAGCGAUCGCAUCAGGUCUCAGAAGCACAGGGAGUACAGGCAGAAGAUCAUAUCCAACUACCAGGUGCCCUUGCACAGGGAACUGUAUACUAUGCAGGCGGAGGACAUUUUCCGCCACUCAUUUCUCAGGGCAAUCAGCGAGAACACUGAACAGGCGUUUAGAAACAUAAUCACUGAGCCCUCACCAGGGAUUUUUACAUUUGAGAUGCUGCAGCUACGUUUCUGUGAUAUGUUGAUAGCUGAGGUUGAGAACUUUGAGAAAUGGAUCAGUGAGACGAAGUUCAUAGUCAUGAGGCCCAAUACUAUGAACAAGUACGGCGUGGUUCUUGAUGAUUUUGGCAUGGAAACCAUGCUUGAUAAGUUCAUGGAGGAUUUUAUCCGCCCACUUUCUAGAGUUUUCUUUGCUGAGGUUGGUGGUUCCACGAUUGAUGCACAUCACGGUUUUGUCCUUGAGUAUGGGAUGGAUAGAGAUCUUGACCUGGGUUUUCAUGUGGAUGACUCGGAAGUUACCUUGAAUGUCUGCUUGGGCAAACAGUUCUCUGGUGGUGAACUUUUUUUUCGUGGUGUGCGUUGUGAAAAACAUGUAAACACGGGAACCCACUCAGAGGAGAUAUUUGACUACUCGCACGCACCAGGGCGUGCAGUUCUUCACCGCGGUCGCCAUAGGCAUGGCGCCAGAGCCACCACUGCAGGCAAUAGGGUCAACUUAUUGUUGUGGUGUAGAAGCUCGGUUUUUAGAGAGCUGAGGAAGUAUCAGAGGGACUUUUCGAGCUGGUGUGGAGAGUGCCAACGAGAGAAGAGAGAGAGGCAACGGCAGUCUGUUGCUGCAACCAAACUGAACUACCAGACAGAAAACCUACCGAAUUUACACGCAUUCCUGAAUGAGUAA